AUGUUCUCAUCACUUCUGCGAUCUUUACCCCAGCUCGGGCGGAGAUGGAAACCUCUGAAUUUCUCCAACACUAACUUCGUUCGGAUACCCGAAUGGCACAAAAUUGAGGAAGAGACUCUCCCAGACUAUAAUGCCUCACAGUAUUAUCCAACUCGAAUAGGAGAAAUCAUCAAGGACCAGUAUCAAGUCAUCGGCAAAUUGGGAUUUGGCUCUACUUCAACUGCGUGGCUUGCACGGGACAUGGACAACCGUCGUUAUGUUAUGCUCAAAAUCUUUAUCCAGGCUUCGUCUAUGGGCCAGCAGCUCGAUAACGAGCUCAACAUAUAUAGACAUAUGGAGCAAUCCCCAACCGCCCAUCCCGGUCGCGAUGUCAUAAGAACGCUACUUGAUACAUUUUACGUCGACGGACCUAAAGACAAGCAUCGAUGCCUCGUGCAUCCCCCAUUAUGGGAGAGUGUUUUGGCUUUUUUACGCCGCAACCCAGUUGAGAGGCUACCCUCAGCAGUCAUUGCAGUCGUUCUUCAUCGCCUGUUUCUGGCAUUGGAUUAUCUUCAUACAGAGUGCAUGAUCGCACACACUGAUAUCAAGGCCGAUAAUAUUAUGUUCGGUAUCAAUGAUGAAUCAGUCUUCACUGACUUCGAGGAGAACGAACUUCAGCGACCUGUUCCGAGGAAAGAGGUUGACACAGACGGGAGAACCAUCUAUAUGUCCCAGGAACUCAAAGUACCAAAACAAGUUGGUGCCCCAGUCCUUUGCGAUUUUGGUUCGGCCGUGUUCGGUAAUCAAUACCACACGAUAUUCAUUCAACCUAAGAUCUAUCGAGCACCGGAGGUGAUUCUAGGAGUACCAUGGACGUAUAGCGCUGAUAUAUGGAAUGUGGGAUGCAUGAUUUGGGAUAUAUACGAAGGUGGUUCCUUAUUUACGGGCCAAGACCCUACAUUUGAGACGUACCGCAGUCGAGCACACCUUGCUGAGAUGAUCAAUCUUCUUGGUCCCCCGCCUCCCAGCCUUCUUACCCAAGGGGAGCUACGAGAUAAAUUCUUUUCAAGCGAAGGCAAAUAUGAUAUCCAGUGA